AACAAUCAAAAAAUGAGCAAUGAUCAACUAAUAGAGGUUGCAUACAGAGGUCUAAAAGGUAAGAGAUUUCUAGUUGUGAUAGAUGAUAUUUGGAGUACUCAGGAUUGGGACCAAAUGCGAAGAAUAUUUCCAAAUGACAACAACAAAAGUCGAAUUCUAUUGACUACUCGCCUCAACUAUGUAGCUGAUUAUGCAAGUCCUGAUUCUCCUCCUCAUGGUAUGUCUUUUCUUAGUUUAGAUGAUAGUUGGAAUCUAUUUACUGGAAGACUGUUCAAGACAGAUCCAUGCCCUCCACAACUAAUAAAAAUAGGGAAGCAUAUCAUACAACAAUGUCGAGGACUACCUCUCUCGAUUGUUGUCAUUGCUGGACUUCUUUGCAAGAUGGACCCGACCCAUAGUAAUUGGAAGAAAGUUGAGGAAAAUAUGAACUCAUUCUUUGGUUUUCCUGAAGAUAUAGAGAUUAGUGUUUCGAAGUUGAUUAAGCUAUGGAUUGCUGAGCUAUUCGUAAAGGGAAGAAGCAAUAAAAGGUUAGAAGUGGUGGCGGAGGAGUACUUAGAUGAGUUAAUUGAUAGAAGUCUAAUUUUGGCUGGUACACGAAAGCCUGCUGGAAGGAUGAAAACUUGCAAAAUUCACGAUCUUCUUCGACAAUUGUGCAUAAGAGAAGCUCAAUUUGAGAAUUUUAUGCAUGUACUGAAUGAUAAUGACUACACUUUCUCAGAAGGCAUAAAUAUUUAUCCACGGAGAGUGAUGCUUUCACUUGUUACACAUUGGAAGCAUUUAUAUGUUCCUAAGCAUUGGAGUGGUAUUACAACUAAUACAAUCCACAGCUUGAUUUUUACAGGCAAUUCUUUUCAAGUAUAUCUAAUGCCACAAUUUGUUUCACAGUUCAAACUGCUUAAGGUGUUGGAUGUAUUUUCAAUCAAUUCCAAUUUCUCUUGGGUGAUAUCUAAACUUGUACAUUUGAGAUAUGUUGCUGCAAAUAUUGACGGAGCUCCUUCACUAGCUAAACUGUGGAAUUUACAGACCUUAAUUCUUCGUAAUUCUACAAGGAGAGAUUUGCAUCUCCCACUAGAGAUGUGGACAAUGUCGGAGAUAAGACAUUUAGAUAUCGGAAGGAAUAUACAUUUGUCCGAUCCUCUUGAGGCAGAAAGUCAUCGAGAACAACCUUUGUUUCUCAAUAACUUGCAGACUCUUGCCCUUAGUUUCUCUCCUUUUUUGGCAGAAAUCCUAAGAAGAACUCCCAAUCUAAGAAAGCUAAAGAUUGUAGAUAUUAAGCAUGACGAUAUGCUUGUUGUUCGCGAUUCUCUAAUUCUUUUACAGGCAACGGAACUGGAGACACUAGCCAUACAAACACUUCAAAUUCCGAUCACUCUCUCAAGCGAUAUUUUCCCAACUAAUCUCAAGCAGUUGAGGUUAGCUUGGACUCGUAACCUGUGGGAAGAUAUGGCUGUGCUGGCUAAUUUACGCAAUCUUGAGAUGCUCAAAAUAUAUUAUGCAUUCGAUGGAACAGAAUGGAGACCAACUGAAGACGUUGUGUUUCACAAAUUAAAAUAUCUGCAAAUUAUAAUUGGAGAGCUGGAAAGGUGGACAGCAGUAAAUGAUAACUUUCCAAUGCUUGAGAAACUAAUCCUAUAUGGGCUGUUUCAGCUGGAAGAGAUUCCUCAGGAUAUCGGAGAAAUAACGACACUAAAAUUAAUCCAGAUAGAAAAAUGCAGCUCUACAGCCGUCAGCAGUGCAAAGAAGAUUCAAGAAGAGCAAGAAAGCUGGGGAAAUUACGAGCUUCAAGUUCGAAUCAUAGAGACAGGAUGAUCACAACACCUCCUGCUUUUCUGAAAGUAGGAAAAUCUGUUGGUCUUCGGAAUCUUUAAUCCUAACAACAAUUCUGGGGAGGUGAGAGGUUCAAGACGUGGAAACAACCUCUCGCAGAAAUGCAU